AUGAGAGCAACACUGAAACCGCAGACACAAAUCGAGUCUCCCCACUUGUUUCAGGAUUUAGAGCGGGUGCAGAGCGUGUACGGUUUGCGACCAGCUACGCCUUUUCCUGAAACAGAAGACGGCUCUCCUGGUGCUGGUAGCUCGAAUGCUCUUAGUGCAGUGUUUGCGAAAAGCUAUGAGGGUCUCAAGCGGAAUGCACGCGAAAGGCACAAGAUCACUACUGUGGCGCGUCGAGAGUUUGUUCCCAGUAUCAAAAAAAAGAUCGCGGAAGUCAUGCGAGUGGAUGUCCAAGCCAGCGAUAAUGUCGAUGAAUUGCAGUUGCUGCAAUAUGCGACCAUUGGUGAUCACACCGACAUCUCUGAUGUGGCCAGCGCUCGGCUUGAAGAGUUGGCUAUGUCAAACACCGCACGAACUGAGCUGCUGAGUGAGCAACUGGAUUCGUUUACGGUGGACGAUCUGGAUGAAGAGAACUGGGAAGAUGUGGAAUAUAUUCGGCGCGAAGAUGAUAAUAUCACUAUCACUGCCGGGGAUCCCGCCAUCGCAGUGGCGGAGAAAAGGUGGAAUGGGAAACGGCGUGAUAUCUGGGUCGAUCUGGAGAAAGGAUUCGUGGCGAGCGCGCAUGCGACAUUCGACGCCUACUACAAGAAGAGGUAUAAAAAACGACAGCGGCGAGAUGAAUACGGCUUUGAGGACAACUCUGAAGAAGACGGCGUGCUGUUUGAUCUUGAGAGCUAUCCCAAAUAUGAAAAUGUGCACACGGGGACGAUCACUGUCGAAGGAUUUGGUCUGGAGGCAUGGGAAUUCGAAGAAUUGCAUAACGAUAGGAAUAAUACCAUUAUGGUGAAUUAUUCUGAUCCGGGCUGUAUCCCUGCGAGAAAACUGCUGCGGAGGAUCGAUGAACUGCAAACAAGCUCUGCAAAGUUAGGUUGGAACCCGCCUCAAGACCACGAAGACCUCAAGGAAUUUAUCGACGACACGGGUUUGUCUUAUGCCAACACAACGAAUGAAUACAAAAGAAGCACUCUGGUAUACUCCAAUUUGUUCAGUUUUCUCAAUCGCACUGAUGCUUUGGUCGAUUUCCGUUCCACGUCGACCGUCAACACAGUAUGGAAUGAGGGCUCCGAAGGGAAGGGAGGGAAGUUUUGGAACCUGCUAUGGCAAAUCGUCGUGGCCAAGGAGUUGAUCCGACGCUUCGAAGUCGAUAAAACAGUCGGCUGUACCUUCAACUUUACCGGUCGAAUCCUGGCCUCGAUGAUCAUCGCUGAUCAAUGGCUCCAGAACAUUGAGAUUGGGCUGUCCGAAAUGAAGAUUCAACCGAAAGAUAUCAAACAACCGGAAACCGACGAGCUUAAAGCCAAAGCUGAAGACUUUAAGCGACAAGGCGGCGAUGCGAUGGCGAAGAAGGAUUACCACAAAGCCAUUUAUUCCUACACUGAGGCUAUCCGGAUCGACCCGAGUAGCUCCGUUCUUGAAGACGCUUAUAUCGCGAUUCGCCUGGAUGACCAAGCUGCCGUCGAGGCAUACGAGAAUGCCAUAGCCCUUGCUGGACAAGGUGCGACAGCUGGAAUGCGCCAGGGCUUGCAAGAUGCCAGAGAAGCCAACACGGCGAAUAUGAAUGCGAUCAAUAAGGAGAAAGAUCUGUCCAAGAAGGAAGUCUUCCGCAAGGAGUUCAUUGAGCAGGACUUCGAGAUUGCGGCGAAGACUGUCAAGUUGCGGAGCGGCCAGCUUACCCCAAGGCAUUUGCAAGACUGGCUCUUUAGUUUGAUCCUGCCAGGCAAAUGGUUCAGCUUCAAGAUAAUGAGCACUCUCAUACUCUGCACGCCAUCAUUGAGUGAGACGCUCGGCGUCGCACCCUAUUAUAACUGCGGUCUCAGCCUUCCGAAGAGAUCAUACUGGCGGAUCCGCACAGUUCUCGGCCGUGUACUCGGGUGUCAGACCGGCACUGGUUGGAGCGACGAGGACAACUUUGACCCAUCGAAGCCACGGCACAUCAAUUUGAAAGCACGGGCCGUCACGCCGAUCGCGCAUAAGGGCUGGAUAAACGAUAUAAAUAUCGUUACCGGUGACGACUACGAAGAUAUCAAGUAUGAAGGCGAAAAAGAGCUCGGGCCAUGGAUGGAAGAGAUGAAGAACCAGGAUAACUGGGUUGUGCUAGAGCCACCUGGGCGUCAGCCGGACGCGAAAGCUGUCUACCGUGCUCAACUCACCUUCACUCUUGACGACACUCCAAGCGAAAUUAUCACCUACAAACUAUAUACAAACCCGGUCUUUGUCGUCCCGCCGCCAUGCCAACCAUGUCCAUGCGGCGUUGCGCAUGAAGUUCGCCGGCGCGAGCUGCCGUGCUAUCAGGAGCGCAACAUAUGGACUAUCGAGAGGCUAAAGGAGCACACGGCUGAGGACGACCCGGAACGUGGUGGGGUGAUGGUGAUCAAUGCCACAGGGCGGGGUGCCGAGACGCUGGCUCGUGCCUGA